UAAAGUAUUAUUUUUACAGUUAAUGAUGUAGGGCACACACGAAAUUGGUAAGGGUUUAAUUUAGCCUUUGCAUUGUCCACUAAAGGGGGAAGGCAGUGGGCUGAAAGUCUCCCAACAUAAGCAAAUUGCCAAUAAAUUAUGUUCUCUGCCGGGAGGGUGAGGGAAGAGACUGAAUCACUGAUUCAAGAGCGGGAGAGAGAGGGCGAGCGAGAAAGAGAGAGAAAGAGAGAGAGUGCGUGGAUCGGACUGACUAGCACCGGCCCGCACGCGCCUGUCUAUUUCCUCUUUCAGUGGUGUGGUGCACACGCGUUUCACUAGUUUAGUCUAGACAAGGGAUUGGUUUUUUUUUUUUUUUUUUUUUUUUUGGAGGCGGCAUCUCUUGUUUUCCUUCAGCGCGCGCUUGAUGUGGAUUAAAUCACUCUCCAAACAUCAAUCUCGUUUCAGAGCGGAUCAGCACCUUGGACAGCGGAUGCCAGAGAUGAUGACUUUUUCACUGGAGAAAGCAAUAGGUGCUCAAAGCCGGCAAAGCAGAAAGAGAGCUGUGACCACCCAUUCCGCCUUCACGACUGACAGUGCACUCAGCUCCGACGCAGGAGUGAGAGACAGUGACAAGAGACCAGCACAGAAUCCAGCAAUGCUGAUUAUGUGGGUCAGCUGACACAGACAAGCAGGCCCAUGUCGGUAAGGUCAGGAAGUCGACACAAUCUGGCUUCAGCAGUGGAUAAAAAUACAGAUAUAUCACGGUCACGUCGAAUCAAAGCGAUAUUGACAUACCAAAACUAGUGUGGAGGCCAUGUGAAGCUCGGAAUGCGGUAAAGAGCAGCCAUUGGACUGUGUGGAGCUUUGCUGAACAGGCUCCUCAGUCACCAGCAUCAAUGGACAACAGUGUGCUCGCCAUGAACUAACCUUGCUAUUUGUGAAGGGUACAAUUUGUUCGUUUUUCACUUUGAUAAAAAGACGGCACCAUGGUUCUGCCACCACCAGACAAGCGGCAUGUGUGUUUAACCACCAUUGUGAUCAUGACCAGCAUGGCCUUCAUGGAUGCCUACCUUGUGGAGCAGAACCAGGGCCCACGCAAAAUUGGGGUCUGCAUCAUUGUCUUGGUUGGAGAUAUUUGCUUUCUUAUAGUCCUGCGAUACGUGGCGGUAUGGGUUGGUGCCGAGGUGAGGACUGCGAAGCGUGGCUACGCCAUGAUCCUCUGGUUCCUCUACAUAUUUGUUCUGGAGAUCAAGCUGUACUUUGUCUUCCAGAACUACAAAGCCGACCGUAAAAGUCUGGAGACAGUAGCUCGGAAGGCAUUGACUUUGUUGCUAUCGGUUUGCGUACCUGGACUCUACCUCGUCCUGGUCGCGCUCGACAGUAUGGAGUAUGUAAGAACCUUCCGGAAGAAGGAGGACAUGCGGGGUCGACUCUUUUGGGUGGCACUUGACCUUCUGGAUGUCCUGGACAUCCAGGCUAACCUUUGGGAGCCUCAAAGGACAGGUCUGCCCAUCUGGGCCGAGGGUCUGAUGUUCUUCUACUGCUACAUCCUGUUGCUCAUCCUUCCUUGCGUUUCUCUGAGCGAGAUCAGCGUGCAGGGCGAGCAUGUGUCACCUCAGAAGAUGAUGCUCUACCCGAUCCUCAGCUUGGUGACCAUCAAUAUCGUCACCAUCCUCAUCAGAGGCGUCAACAUGGUGCUGUUCCAAGACAGCAGAGUCUCGACCAUCUUCAUAGGGAAGAACGUUGUUGCCAUUGCCACUAAGGCCUGCACCUUCCUGGAGUACAGGCGACAAGUAAAGGAGUUCCCCCCACAAGAUCCAGCCGGGAUUGCCAUGGAGAUACAGCAGAACUCUGUGCCACACAAUCAAACUCUACCAAACGCCACGACCACCCUCCCAGAAGAGCCCUCACCGGUCCGUGAGGUCAUUGACACGUGACCAGAGCUGACAAAAACUUGAAAAGCCUUUAGUGUUAUGGGGGAAAGAAGACAACCUUCAUGAGUUCAGACCGGCACACGAUGAAGUAUCCUUCUGGUCUCUUUAGAAUACUAUUUUGAAGAAUUUUUAAUGUCCUACUCAUCUAAGCUGAGUGUUCAAAGACCAUUGAUGCUCAGAUGCACAAAUGGUGGCUCACGAAAUCCUGAUUUUAACCAGAUUUUGUAAUUUCAAGCAACUGUUUUGUGAUGUUAGAUAUGAGAUGUUUGUUUCAUGAGAUUUCUGUUAUGGUGGCUCUCAUUGCGCUCCACAUGGUAUCCACACAGAUUUCUGUAGAAUCUGAAUGCUCAUCAUUUUCAGAGUUUAAAGUUGCCUUGCCCCUUGUGUGUUAAUUUAUGAAAUAUUUUGGUUAGAUUUAAUAUGCUUUCAGAUAUAAAUGAGUGUCCAGUACUCUCAGAUUACCGUGUACAAAUGCUUUUCGUACUUUUUGAAUUUUGAAAAUAUGUUCCCUCUUAAAAUAAGUGCAUAAAAUCCCAUGUAGGCUUGCUGAUGAUGAGCGAAAAUUGAGAAAGAAGCAUACCAAGGUCAGUCCACUCCUACCAUAAUCUGUAAACAGUUCUGAAGUAAAAAGUGAACUGCAAAUUAUGUUUUGAAGAUUUAUGUAGUUUGAAGAUGAAAAUGAUUUUUUUUGUGUGUUAAGAAGUGAGCAUGUUUUAAAGUGAAACAACUCUCACGGGGUUCUUUUCCUGGGGAUUACAAUGGGAACUAGAAACUUUUAAUUUGCCAAAUUUAAUUUCCAGUCUUUAAGAGUUUUGUACAUGUGUAUAACGAGAACAGAAGACAGAAUGAAACAAAGUUCAUUAAAAAACAGAUGAUAUUGGAUGGUAAUACAUGAAUUAAUAUAUAAUCCAGUUGUAUUAUAAUUAUAAUUACAAUUAUUUUUAGUAUCUUGUUUCUUUUCUUUUAGGUGUGACAUUUUAAAUGUUGCAAAAUGUAAUAAAACCUAUAUAAUCUCGAAAGUGUGGUGUGUUGGACAUUGACAGCUGAAAUAUGCCUUACAAGCAUAAAUAAGCAGCAAAUGCAAAUCCAGCUAACACUGAACGUCAAGGUAAUCAAAGUCAUUCUAAGUGGUAAAUAUUAAACACACGGCAUUCACUUCCACACCCAGACAACACUUGUGGCAGAACCACUGAGAAAUGGCAGGGCUGGGUGAUUCUACAUGAGCUUUGAGACGCAGUUCCACUUGGUGAGAAUGGGGUGCAGAAAGCAAUUUGGCUACUGCUGAUUGGCUCUGGCUGCCAUGUAGGCCAGCUGUAGGGAGUGAUAAAUUACAGUUCCUGUGAUCCUCAGCCCUCUCAUCCAUCUCACCGUUAUAGAGUUUCUAUAGGCUUCCUCACCACGAGGCCUGAGCAGCUGGAAGAUUUCCUACACCACAAUUCUCAGUCCUAACAGAGACGCUGGUGCAUACCAUAAGAGCCCUAAAUUCUUCCUCUGCACUUCUGAACUGACAUGUAGACACUUUUGACACCUGGAGAUAAAUGCUGAACUGUGGGAGUCAAUCACUUUCUGCUGAAAUGUAAUCCCCAACAAACAGCCUAUAAAUUACUUCUUGGAGGCUGAAUACUGAACCAUCCACGCAGGAUUCGUGAGAAGAGUUUUUAACAAC